UUUUUUUUUUUUAAGCCGAACAGAACAUGCAGAACGGAAAUUCGAAACACUCCAAGUGCCAUAAAAUGUUGCUAAAGCUGUGCACGUCUAUCUAUCUCGUGUUGAAUCAUGCAGUUAAGACAAAUUAUUGGCUACAAAAGUAAGUCGUACCUCGCGAGCAUUGUUUUAAAUGAAAAGUCCAUAAAUGGACCGUAAGGUAAUACCAGGUGUGAUUUUUUUAGCAACUCUUGGGAUAAAAAUUCGGAAAGUUCCCAAAUGUACACGUGCUUUUGAUCGACGGAGUCACGGAACCGGAAAAAAUACAGAGGUGAUUAUAGUUUCCAUCGAAAUGAGUCAUAAAAAAUUAUGAGCAGCUAGAUAAAUGAAGCAUAGGCGUGUGAUGUAUUAUGCAAAGAAAACGUGCUUUUGGUAACGAUUGAAAUGAUGGUAAAUGGUCAUUUUGAGUCUAGUUAAUCGGUUAUCACGCAAUUUAUGCGAGCUCUUGUUUGUUUUCUUUAGAAAAACCUUGACAUUGAAUUAUUCCGUUAUGCUCUGGCUCGUAUUAUAUACAUACACACACACGCAGUUCUGAGUUAACUUGUGACAGUGGCUGACUAUGUCGAAAGGAGUGGUUUUUGCUGAGACAUUCGUCGAGACACAUCCGAUUUCUCAGUUCCUGGUCCUAUUAUUUACAAUGAUUUUAGUCAUUACUUCCGUUUACGCGAAAACAUCUGACUACGAUAAGGAACAAUUAGCUCCAAUUAUUCUCGUGCAUGGAGUAUCUUCCAGUCAAAUCAUGGGCAGAUACCACACGCACGGUCACCCAAAGGGUUGCGAGGAGAAAUCGGUAGGAAAGGACGGCUGGGAGCACUUUUGGUUUAACCUCGACAUGGCGGCCUGGGGCAAACACGUCCUUAAAUGCUGGGCUUACAGGUUCAAGCUACUUUAUGAUAGAAAUACCCAUAAAUGCAGGAAUCAAAAUGGAGUAGAGACGCGGGCUAAGGGAAAGCUUGGAAGUCUGAAGUGCUGUGAAUACUUGACCCAAUCGCCUGCCUCAAAAACUUUGUCACUUAGUAAAUAUUUCCACCAACUUGCCGACAGACUAAGGCAUAAAGGUUACUCCACGGAUCUCAGCCUGAAAGCACAUUGCUACGACUGGCGUUACGCACCUCCACAACUGGAUGAGCAGGGCUACUACAAUUCACUUACGGAGCUUGUGGAAAAAGUGGCCGCUGACACGCAGCGUAAGGUAGCUUUAGUGGCUCAUAGCAUGGGAGGCCUUACCACCGCGUAUUUUCUGUUGAACAAAACUCAAGAUUGGAAAGACAAAUAUAUUCAUGCCUUUGUGACGGGUGGCACGCCUUGGCUGGGAAGCAUAUGGAGUUUAGGAGGCUACAUCGUCGGUCAAAAUUACAAGGUCCCAUCCGUGGACAAGAAUGUCAUGAAAAAACUCGCAGCAACCUUUCAAUCGAUAGCGUUCUUGUUACCAGAAGAAGAGACGUACAAGAACACGGUUGUUGUCGAGUGGAUUCCAAUGAACAAAACAUACACCGCAAACCAGUACCAGGAGUUUUUUGCAGAUGUUGGGUUUGGGGAUGCUUAUCUGAUGCGUCAAGAUGUUCGUCAUUUGUUCCCUGUUCCGCUGGACAAAUUGGGAGUGAGACACCAUUGUGUUUGGUCGAACGUUUCAAAACCUGCUACUGCUGAAAAGUUCCGAGUGCACGAGAAGAAGAUGAACGAUGCGAAUGAUUAUGAAAUUGUUUAUGGAGACGGAGACAAAACUGUUAAUGCCAAAAGUUUGAGGUAUUGCGAGAAGUUUCAAGGGAACCAUUCGAAGAUCACCGUUAAAUAUUUGCCAGGCUAUACCCACAAGAAGCUGAUUCAACAUACCGACUUCUUCAACGAAGUAAUGACAGUUGUUGCACAAGCUCAAAAUGUCAAGUAGAAAUAAUAAAAAGUAAAAAAAAAAAAAAUAAGCAGUGAACUCCAACACGAUGUGUUGAUAAGGCGCGUCAUUA